AUGGAAUCUAUAAAAAUUCCGACUUCGUCUUCUAACAAUGCGACCGAAGAAAAGCCCGCUCCCACUUUGGCCGAAGUGGUCAGAAAGUUGAAUACGGAAAAACUUAUCGAAUUUUUGCGUGGGGAAGAAGACUUGCAACUUAACGAUGCUCAUUUCGAAAUCUUACGCAAGGAGGAGAUCUCUGGCCGUAAUUUCCUCAAAUUGAGCAAACAAGAUUUCAGGGAUUGCGGAUUUAAAGUGGGACCUGCUACGACUCUUGCCGACUUCGCCAAAGAGGUCAAGGAGAAAAAAUUGAGGGCAUAUUCGUCUUUCCGCACCCAGGCAGACGUGAAGGAAGUAUUGGAAAAGUAUAAACUCGGUGAUUCAAUAUCGAGCAUUCCACAAUUUCAGCCGACUAUACACAAACUCGAGGACACCAAUGAGGCGCUCAUGCAUUGCAUAAAGGAAUUACGACUCAAGUUAAAAAAUUUGGGAGGGUUGGCACCAGAUAGCAAUGAAGCGGUGCGUUGUGAAUUCAUAUCGCCAAUUCUGCAUGCGUCAGUUAGCCUCCUCGAAGGUCUUAUCCUGGCACCACAAUUCGAAACGAAUUCCGGCGCAGUGAAUGAGAAACCAUUGGCGAAAAAACGUCGUGUUGACCGUUAUAUAGAUGGAGAACUGGGAGUAAAACUCAUCCGUUACUAUGAGCCAGGGCGAAUGACUAUUCACUUCCCUGUGAUUUUGUUGAAGACGCUUGCACUAAAUAUCCUCAAAGAUUACCCAGGAACACUUGCUAACGAAGAUGACAUUCCGAAACUUGACAAUAACUUUGUUCGCCUAAUUUACUUGACCGAAGAUGGAACCUCAUCUUUAGCUGGUGAGCUAGAACGAGGGCUUGGAAUGAUUUCUCCAUUGAGCAGUAUUCAAGAAGACUAA